AUGACUAUCACGGAACACCGCUGUAUGGCAGUUGAUGAGAAUCAUCGUGUUUUUUCAGCUUGCCGUGCAGCCGCACUUGACGAGAUGACGUCUCAAUCAGACAGAAAGGACGCGGCAAUACUGGCUGCUUGGUCGGUUCUAUUACGGGACUACUACGCACCGGAUUCGCCUACUUUCAUUUACCUUCAGCCUCAACACAAAGAGGCUUUUUCGAAGCCCAAGGUCUCUGUUGAAGAUCUUCACAGCCAAUGCUUGUCAAUUUCCACAGAUGGUGAUAUUACAAGCGAAGAACUGAAAGAUGCGGUAUCGCAUGCGAUUGAUACCACUGAUUGGGGAGGCCUCACUAGCACAAAACAGAGGACGGCUGUUUUGGUGUUGUCAAAGGAGCAAAUGAAGUCUCCACUCAAGACACUUGACCUACUUGAGGUUGAAUUGCUCCUCGUUGUUGCGAUCUCAGAAGAUCGCAUCAUGGCAAAUGUAUACAGCAACGGCCUCAAAAGACCAGAGCUCAAACCGUGCGCCAUAUUGAAAAGCCUCCAGAGUAUACAUAAAGCUCUAUCGUGCAUGCCUGUUGUCAAAGUCGACGAAAUAAACUGUGUAACCUCAUUCGAUAUCGAAAGACUGCGCAAAAUCAACACCAUCAACCGCAAACAAAACGUUAGUGCAGAAUGUCUGCAUUCACUCAUCGCAAAACAAUGCUCCCUACGCCCGGAAAGCAUUGCGAUGGAAUCAACCACACAGAGAGUCACAUACGAGGACCUUGGAAAACAAUCCGCUGCCAUUUGUCAGGUCAUGAUGAACCAAGGCGUCAAUCCCGGAGACACUGUUGGUCUUUGCAUGGACAGAUCCAUUCCGACAAUUAUCAUCAUGAUCGGAAUAUUGAGAGCAGGCGCUGCAUAUGCUCCGAUGGACCCGUCGUCUCCAUUGGAAAGGAUCCUACAAACUGUCCAGAGAGCUGAUAUCCGGUAUCUGGUGACCCAGGAAAAUCUUCUAGACAAAUUCAAAGACAUUAAAGCAACUUUAAUUACACCGAAGCAUUUUGAGCACGCCAAGAGCCCAAAAGACUGGCAGAAAGAUAUAAAUAUCGAUUUUUCGAGACCAGCAUACUUCAUGUUCACAUCUGGCAGCACAGGAGUCCCCAAGGGGGUCAUUCACGGCCAUGGAGCAGUCUCUCUCAGUCUUCUCGAAUGCAUCGAAGAACUUCAGAUUGGUACUUCCACCCGAUUCAUGCAGUCUGCCAGUCUUGCUUUUGAUGCCAGUAUACUGGAAGUGUUUGCUCCGCUAGCGGCUGGUGGAUGUCUCUGCAUGGUCUCCCAGGAAGAGCGUAAUGGUGACCUCGAAUCAACCAUGCACAAUCUGCGUGUGUCACAUGCCUGGCUUACUCCAUCAAUGGUAUCACAAAUCCGGCCAGAAAAUCUCCCAACCCUCCGAAGUCUUGGACUUGGAGGGGAGGCUCCAACAGCGGAGAUUGUGUCGACAUGGGGCAAACACGUUCAAUUGAACAACAUGUACGGACUAACCGAGGCUGGAGUUUGGGACACUGUGAAAAUGGGAAUGAAAGCUGGUGAUAAUCCUAAGAAUAUUGGACGGGGAAUCGGCAAUGUUGCAUGCUGGAUCACGGACCCUUCCAAUCCGCACAAGUUGAUGCCUUUCGGCGCGGAAGGAGAACUACUCAUACAGAGUCCGUACCUCGCACUUGGGUACCUCAAAGACCCCGAUCGCCAAGCUCAAGCCCUUCUUGAUCCGUCAUCUCUGGAAUGGGCUACCUUCAUGCCUCCAAUGAAAGGGUCUCGUGUAUAUCGCACGGGAGACCUGGGAAAGUUUGAUGAAACUGGCGAUGUGAUUCUUUUGGGUCGUCAAACGGGCUAUAUCAAGAUCCGAGGUUUGCGUGUUGACCUCGGAGAGGUUGAAAACGCGAUUAAUUCAUGCCUUAAGACUGGGCGUUCAGCGGUGGUUCUAUCCGAGCAUGAAGCUAUCGAUUCCGAGAUUGUUGCAUUCAUUGAAACAAGCGAUCAGCAAAUUGAAUUAGCUGAAAAGAUAUCGGACCAGCUGCGUGAAUCUCUACCUGAAUACAUGAUCCCGAGUGCUUUUGUGCAAAUCAAUGCAUUGCCGCACACCUUGUCUAAGAAGAUUGACCGACAAAAGCUUCGACGUCAAUUCUCAGAGAUGAGCCAAAAAGACAUACGAAAGUGUCGCAGAGGUGGCUCUUUGAGUGACGAGUUUCCUCAACUCCCAAAGACGAAGGGCAUGGCGAUAGAGAUCAGCAAUAUGAUUGCAGACAUGGUAGAGACCAAAGAUGAAGAGUUUGCAGCCUACAUACGGGGACGAGACUUUUCGCUUGUCAAAACUGGCCUCACAUCCAUGCAAUUGGUGACACUGGUGAAUAUGAUCCGGAGACGAUAUCAGAAGAAACUCAAAAUCGAGACCCUGCAUAAAUAUGUGACUGUUUCAAACAUUGCAGACGGUCUUGCGGGGAAAAUUAAAUUGGAAAGAAAAGACGGUGAUUCCAGGAAUCUGAUUGCCGAUCUCGUGAAACUGAAGCCGAAGCUCAAUUUCAUUCAGGCUCGCUCAGCGACCGUCUUCCUGACAUCUAUCACCGGAUUCCUCGGCAGCCAAAUUUUGCGCUCUCUUUUGGAGAAUCCCGAAAUCGGGCGUGUGGUUGGACUUGUUCGCGCCAAAGAUGAGCGAGAGGCGCGGAAAAAGGUCCAAGAGCAUGGCGAGCUUGGUCGAUGGUGGCAGCCAGACUAUCAAGAUCGCAUUGAAGUCUGGACAGGCGAUUUAGGCAGAUCAAAGCUUGGUUUGGAAGAGUCCAAAUGGCACCGACUGUUUACAGGGAAGAGUACCGAACGCGUCGACUGCAUUAUUCACAAUGGUGCUCGAGUUAACUGGAUGGAUAGCUAUGAAGAGCUCGAGAAAGUCAACAUCAAUAGCACCAUCGAAAUCCUCUCGGGGCUUUCGAAAAUGGAUUCCCCCUGCAAAUUGAUCUAUGUCUCCGGUGGAUACAUGCCAACAGAGACAGAGAGUCAUAAUCAAAUUGCCAGAAAGCUCUCCGAGGCAUCGGGAUAUGACCAAACAAAGUUCAUGUCUCAGUUGCUGUUAGCCGAGUACAACAGACAUCUAAAUCGCGAGAAUAUCAAAAGCCAAAAAGCACAGACUGUGAUUCCAGGAUUCAUUGUUGGGUCGCAGAAAGAAGGAAUUGCACACUCGGAAGAUUUCCUUUGGCGACUUGCCUUCACAAUUAUACGCCUGAAAGCCGUCAGUGAGGACCUUCACUACUUCACCGUUGCAGGUGUGGACCAAGUGUCCAAUCUCAUCACGGAUGUAUUCCUGCAGCCGGAAAUGUAUCCAUCAGAAGCAAUCCGUUGUACCGAUGGAGUGAGAGUCUCCACAUUUUGCGAUGCACUGAGCAGGGUUAUGGGGUUGCCAAUUGAAAGGAUGGAGCAUGACAAAUGGAUGGCACUGUUGCAAGCUGAAGUCGAAGGGGCAGACUUUGAUCAUCCGUUCAUGCCAAUGUUGAGAUGGUUUGAGGAGAAUACAUGGCAGUUUAUGGGGGACCAAGACGAUAUCCCGAAGAACUGUCACUUCGACAUGAAAGAAACCGUUCUGGCUUUGGAGAGUAGCGUGAAAUAUUUGAUGGAUGUCGGGUAUCUUUCACCCAACGGGGACACGCCAAAGCGAUUGGCAAGAACCCCUAUCUUUAACCGGUCUAGUUCUUAA